AUGGCCAAUUCAAAGUUUGAAUACGUUAGACAAUUUGAGAGUCACGAUGUGUUACUACCUCAAACCUAUAUAGUGGUAAGAGUAGACGGUAAGAAGUUCCACGAAUUUUCCAAGUUUUAUGAUUUUGAUAAGCCUAAUGAUAUCAGGGCAUUGAAGUUGAUGAAUGCAAGUGCUAAGAAUGUGGUAUUAAAAUAUAAAAGUGAUAUGAUUCUUGCAUUUGGUGAGAGUGAUGAAUACUCCUUCAUUUUACGUAAAGAUAGUGUGCUGUUUAAUAGAAGAAGUGACAAGUUAGCUACCUUAUUUGGAUCAUUAUUUACCUCUAAUUAUGUAGCUCUAUGGCCUAAAUUUUUCACAGAUAGACCAUUGGAUUUAAAACAUUUACCAUAUUUUGAUGCUAGAUGUGUCCUGUAUCCUUCUCUUCCAAUUGUAAAAGAUUAUUUAAGUUGGAGAUUUGUGGAUACUCAUAUUAAUAAUUUAUACAAUACUGCAUUCUGGCAAUUAGUACUCAAAUGUGGAAUGACGGCUCAGGAGUCAGAGAACAGAUUAUCUGGUACAGUAAGCUCUGAAAAACAAGAAAUAUUGUUUACUGACUGUGGUAUUAAUUACAACAAUGAACCAGAAAUAUUCAAGAAAGGAUCCCUUAUAACUAAAAAAGGUGACAUUAUUCAUGUCGAUGUGAUCAAAGAAAUUGAUCAAUUAUUCGAAGGAUGUUAA